ACCAAACUCAGUAUCAGAAACAGCAAAACUGAACUAAACCAAAUGGAACUCCCCAGCAAAUGUUGUCUUCGAAGCUUCUAAAGAAAACCUUUUCUUCUUGCUCAACUAAAGCCUUAAUAGACCAAAUUUCUCAGGCUUUUCUUCACCAGAAACAUUCUAUCGUCUUGAACGCAACUUUACUCUCAAAACUCCAACCAUCUCACGUUAAACCCAUACUUUUAACCCUCCAAUCCAAACCCCAUUCUGCCCUUAACUUUUUUCGAUGGACCCAAAGUUUCUUAAAAUUACCCCACGGUGUACCCUCCUACUGUGCACUCAUUUCCCUCUUGCUUCGCCACCGAAUGUUUUGUUCCGCAGCUCUGGUGUUCGAUGAAAUGAUGGUCCGUUUUGGUACGAAUAUCGAUGUUUUUGGUGCUUUUAAUGAAGGAAUCAAGGAUUUUGACUCGAACCCGAAUGUUGUUUUUGGGUUUUUGUUGGAAAGUUACUGCAAGAAAGGGAUGGUGGGUAUGAGUUUUUGUGUGUUUGUGAAAUUGUCUAGAUGCGGUGUUUAUAUGUCGCCUAAUUUGGUGUAUAGGAUGUUGUAUUCUUUAGUUAAUGCGAAUCGUAUUGACAUACUUGUUGAUAACUAUGGUGAAUUGUGUAGACUGUUUAUAACACGGGAUUUUUGUGUUUAUGGGAUUGUAAUGGAAGGGUUUUUGAAGAAGGGGAAGGUUGACAAGGCAUUGAAUUUUCAUAAAGAGGUGAUUGAGAGAGGUUUAGGGGUUGACAUUGUUGCAUGCAACAAGAUUUUGAAUAGUCUUUUAGUAAAUAAGGAAAUAGGAAUUGCUUCUAAGUUGUUUGAUAUGAUACUAAGUCUUGGUCCAUUGCCAAAUGUGGUGACCUUUAGCACAUUGAUUAACAUGUAUUGCAAGGAUGGAAAAUUAGAUAAAGCAUUUGAGGUUUACAAUGCUAUGAGAGAGAGGAACAUAUUACCAGAUUUAAUUAUGUAUGCUAUUCUUAUCGAUGGUUUUUUCAAGGCAGGGAGAUUGGAUGAGGGAGAGAAGCUUCUCUCUGUGGCAUUAGAUCGAGGUGUCAAGUUGGAUGUAGUUGUUUUCAGCUUGAUUAUGGAUGCAUUUGGGAAGGUAGGGGAUUUGGGAAGAGUGGUUCAGGUUUAUAAGAGAAUGUUGGAGGAAGGUUUAUCACCUAAUGUGGUUAGUUACAGCAUUCUCAUAAAUGGGCUGUAUGGGAAUGGUAGGAUGCUUGAAGCUUGUGGUGUAUUUGGUCAAAUUAUCAAACGGGGUUUUGAGCCAUCCAUCGUAACCUAUAGUAGUCUCAUUGAUGGCUUUUGCAAGUUGGGAAAUUUGAGGGAGGGGUUUUAUUUAUUUGAUGAUAUGGUAAAGAAUGGCCAUCAACCUGAUGUCGUUGUUUACAGUGCAUUAAUAAAUGGCCUUUGCAAAGAAGGGCUGAUGACAAGUGCUCUCAUGGUCUUCUUUCACUGUGUAAGCAGGGGUCUAAAACCCAAUAUCUUUACUUUCAACUCCUUGAUGGAUGGUUAUUGUAGGUUGAAACAGUUAAGGAAUGCUGUGAAGGUGUCUACUUUAAUGGGGAUGUAUAACAUAAAACAAGAUAUGGUGACCCACACUGUGCUCAUCAGAGAGAUUUCUAAGCAAGGAAAUUUGGAUGUAGCACUUUUAAUAUUUUUUCAAAUGCUUAAGAGGGGUUUCCCUGGAGAUGCUAUAACAUACUGUACCAUCAUGGCUGGAUUCUGCAAACAUCAAAAUUUAACUUCUGGAUUGCAGAUUUUCAAGCUGAUGCAAAGGAAUGGAGUAGUUCCUGAUAUUGCGAUAUAUAAUGUUCUCCUCAAUAUGUUUUUCAAGGAAUUUCUUCUGGAAGAGGCAUCAGGGCUGUUCAGGAAACUUGUUGAGAAAGGGCCAAAACCUGAUAUUAUAACAUACAACACAAUGAUAUGUGGUUAUUGCUCUUUGAAAAGAUUGGAUGAGGCAAUUAGCCUUUUUAAACAGCUGAACGGUUGCCUCUUCGGACCCAAUUCAAUUACCUUUACCAUAUUGAUUGAUGCUUUCUGCAAGGAGGGUAGAAUGGAUGAUGCCAUGUUGAUGUUUUCCAAAAUGUUGGAGAAGGGUCCAGAACCCAAUGUUGUAGCAUACAGUUGUCUAAUUGAUGGCUACUUCAAAUCCCAAGAUAUGAGGUCUGCAACUGACCUUCACCAAGAGAUGCUUGAAAACAAAAUCUGUCCAAAUAUUGUCAGUUAUAGCAUCCUUAUCGAUGGCUUUUGCAAACGAGGAUUAAUGGCAGAAGCAUCACUUGCAUUCCACUGUGCUCUAGAUAGAUAUUUAUUGCCUGAUGUAGUUGCAUUUACGAUUCUGAUUCGUGGUUAUUGCAAAGUUGGCAGAUUAUUGGAGGCCAUGCUGUUAUGCGAACAAAUGUUCAUGACUGGAAUCAUGCCUGAUGAUUUACUGGAACGAACUCUUGUGGAGUAUAAUCUUUAAAGCCUUGGAAAAGAGUCAUGUACAUGGAUCUUUUCUUGACUCAUUCCACCAAUUUGUGCUCAUCAAUGACUGAUUCUUCGUUCUUUACAACCCUCUAGGAUGAUGUAAGAAACAUUCAGGAACAUGCUGCGGUGCCUCCCAUGUGAAUUUCUCAAGGUCCUUGGUAUUCAAUUGUGCAGUUUCCUGACAAUUUCAAAACAGAAGCAAAGAAUGACUACACUGCAAUGGCACUCAUAUCAAACGUGAUGCACCGUGUAGUUCUCGUCGUCCAGACCAAUGGAAAAAAGAAGUUUCUCACUGCAACAUAGCUGAUCUUCCCAAGGACAAGAACUGCUAGACUAGGCGAUUUCUCAAGCAACUUUGGCAGCAGAAGACUGCGGUAUUCAUUUCAUCCCAGCCUCAGUUGAGUUAUAUUACGAAACACAGGCAGAUCAGAAGUAUUUACAAGGGAGAAAACCUACAUAACAGAGAAAACAUGUCCAAAUUUAUUGAAUACAUAAAGGAGAGCUAUUCAUGCAGAGACUUUUGUAGAGAACCUUUCUCAUUAGAGGAACCUUUGGGUUCAACAUGUUUGAGGCUUAGUCCAGGUUUGUAAAUCAAAGUUCAAUUUGUAUAUCUCAA